AACAUUCACCGUACUUACAGAAUACAUCUUUGCUUUGGAUGUCAAUUUGGGGGCUUUUGGAGCAGGUGAAGGCACCGAUGACACGACCUUCCGUUUCUUGGAAUCUCCUUUGGCAGCAUCUUCCUUGGCAAUGGGCGACAUCACUCUGAAAGAUCACGAGAGUCCUUGGAAACGGAUCAGUGUCCAGUGAGAUCGAAUCAAGGGACUAGAACUCCAUUUUGGUGGGCCGGAGUGACCUACCACAACUCUCCCAAUGCCUCAUUGGAAGGCGAUUCAACCUUAAGUCCAAACAGUUGGGGAGGAAAGAGUAUCACUAAUGGUUUAGAGACCAUUGAUGUUCUCUCUUUGACCUCUGCUGGUCCUGCUCAGCAAUUUAUAGAUCCUGAUUCUGUCAGACCGAGAAGAUAUCUCUUGAAUACUAUGAAUGAACGACCCCCCGACCCGAAAUGUGUUUUCAGCCGGGCAAAUAGUUCCGAGCUUGAAUUUGAUUAUGGAGCUGCCAUCUCAGUUCAAUGUGAGGCUCUAAGCUUUCAAGGUGAGAAUGAUUCCAUCUUUGACGUGACUGGGAUCUCUUUAAAUUCAAAGCUGAAAGGAGAUCUAUUGCAACAGACUUUGGUUAAGAACAUGAAAACUCAAAACAAGAAACCGGUGAAAAAAUGUUUUAAGAAAUCGAGUUCCAUGGACGAAAUGACGGUGCCAGAUGGGUUGCAGCUAUUGAAGGAACAUUUGGGAACAAACCAAGAGUAUUAUGAAAAUCUCCGACGCUGUUAUGAACUCGAAGGUUCGGGGCCGUUGUUUCCAUUAGAACCAACAAGGUCCACGGAGUUAUUGGCCUUGAAAACUAUCUCACCAUCAAAAGCGACUGUCUUACAAUCCUCUCUGUCCCAAAUUGGAUCAGCUUUAUCCCUAGAAACAGGACCUCAAAGGAGGUUUUCUUUGGCUAAACAACUCGCUGAGCAAGUUCAAUCUAAGCCUCAAAAUGUACCAGAGGCUCAAGGGAAUCAUCCCUCACGAUUGCGUAGGGCGUUUUCCGAGCAGAAUCUACCAGAAGAACAUUCUUUGGCCAAUGACAACAGCGAUGAUUCCGACGAAGCUUUGAUGGAUUUGCACACCAUUUCUUCGUUUCCCGUGAGAGGUCCAAAGUCGUUGCGCAAGAUGAAAAAGAUCUUGAAAAAAGUAUUGGCUUUUGAGGCGGUCCUGACUCAACUCAGAGGCAAACUUUUGAGUGAAAAAGUUUUAAAUCCAAUGGAGGACAAAGUAGACCUUGUUCAAGAGACAGUUAUGGAGGCCAAUACUUCUUGGAGCCAGAAAGGUCCCUUGAAGGACGCCUCAAUUCAAAAUGUUGAUGAAACUACAAACCAGACGACCAAAAUAUCAGAGGUUCCAAUCUCAACGGAGACUCUUAAGAAUCCAACCUCACCCAAACAGAAGCGACCUGCGUUCAAUCAGUUCUUGCCCAGGAUCGUGCGGAACUUUAGCCCGGUUUCGAGAUGCUUUCACCCUAGUUUAUUCCAAUUACGAUUGGAAAAAAGAUUGGAAGAUAGUCUAAAGGCCUUGGCCAAUCGAACGGAUUUGUCUUCUGAUGAGGAUGAGAGGGACGAUGAGUUCUUACCAAGGAUAAGCCCGAGUUUGGAGUCAAAAUGUCCUUCACAGUUGCCGAGUCCUUCCUUGGCCUACCGGAACCUUUUGAACGGAAUGGACCAGCGGUUUUUUCGCCGGAUUGACACCUCCACAUGUUUAGUGGUCCCUCCGGAAUAUUGCAUCCCAGUCUCUCAAGAGGAUCUCGAAGGCCUUCAGGGCCAAACUACGUGAACAACAAUUAUUUAAACCGAAAAUAGGGAACCAACUUUUUAUAAAGUUCAAAUCGAUGGCAAAUAUAUGAUUAAUAAAUCAGAUAAUU